ACACGCAGUGUCUGCUUUUUUCCUCAUGAGCGUCGAAUGAAUGGCGAAACCCAACCGACGUGGCGCCUUUGUGGCAGCAAUGCCUAUCAAGGAUGAGCGCAUGAUGGGGGCCCACGAUGGGGACGACGGUGCGGCCCUGGUCGCCAUCCCUGCGGCCAAACACGACUUGGCGUCGCUCUUCGAGUGUCCAGUCUGUUUCGACUACGUUCUUCCACCGAUACUACAGUGUAACAGCGGUCAUUUGGUGUGUUCUCAGUGCAGACCGAAGUUGGCAUGUUGUCCGUCUUGUCGCGGACCUCUUCCCGUCGUCCGCAAUCUGGCAAUGGAGAAAGUCGCCGAGACGGUCACCUUUCCGUGUAGGUACCGCAUGGCCGGCUGUCCACAGCUGCUACAUCACACGGAAAAGCGAGGACACGAGGAGAUUUGUGAGUACAGACCCUACGUCUGUCCUUGUCCUGGAGCGUCGUGUAAAUGGCAGGGAGCACUGGAGGAUGUGUUGAGACACAUCGAGGAGACACACAAGUCGAUUACGACUCUCGUUGGGGAGGACAUUGUGUUUCUAGCGACCGACAUUACUCUGGCUGGGUCAGUGGAUUGGGUGAUGAUGCAGUCGUGUUACGGUCACCAUUUCAUGCUCGUCUUAGAGAAACAAGAACGAAGCGACAUAUCACAACAAUUCUACGCCGUUGUUCAGAUCAUCGGGUCGAAGCAAGUGGCUGAAAACUUCACUUACAAACUGGAAUUAAACGGUAGAGGCAAACGACUCGUGUGGGAGGCCGUACCCCGAUCGGUACACGAUGGGGUCGCCUCUGCUGUUCAGGAAUCAGAUUGCCUCUCUUUCGAUGGCGGCACUGCAAGGCACUUUGCAGAGAAUGGUAAUCUGGGAAUUAACGUGACCAUUUAUAGAAAGUAGGCGGAUAACAUAGUGCGCUAUAUUUGGAAUCAAUAAUUUGAACGAGGAAAUGGCAACGAUGCAGUUGCGUGUAGGACUUACGGUUUCUGAAAUAUAGUAUUUGUGUAAUAGAGCAGUAUAUAGUUGCAGUCAACAGUGAGAUAUGCUUCAGACUCUC